AUGAGGUCUCUGCUGACACUGCCAGUGUUGUUGGCUCUCAUAAGGGGGAACAAGGGACAGAAACCAACAGUAUCUCUCCUGCCGAAGUUCCCACAGGUGUAUGUUGGAGAUGACGUCGCUCUGAUCUGUAACCAUAAAGGAGGGAGUAAACCAACAAAAUGGAUUAUUGAUGGAACACAACAAUCACAUCAGGAUUAUUCAAUUAUUCUUCUUACUGCAGUGACACCAAAAAACAACGGGGCGUGUGAAUGUGAGCAGGGCGGACCGAGAAGUGACCCGUUCACACUCACUGUACUGGAGCUGGAGCCUCACGCUCAGCCCUCUCCAUCUGUAGGAGGUGCUGUGAUGACCAAAGGAGAAGGAAGAAACCUGGUGCUGCAGGCGGACGAUGAUCUGAAGGACUGGGCUUGUUUUGCGUUGAGGGGAGUGAGCAGCUUCGCUUUAGGAGUCAAUGUUAAUGAGAAGAUGAAGAGAGCUGUUAUAUUUGCUGAAUUAAAAGGGGCAGAAAGAGCCACUUUCUGGUGCAAGAAAAAGAAAACAGAACAUCGAAGCAAUGCAGUGACGCUGAAAAUGACAGAGCUCAUGGUGAUGUUGGUUCCUCCGGCCGUUCCUGUGCUGCAGGGGGAGCCUGUGGCUCUCAGGUGUGUAGUCUGGGGUGGACCGAAACUGGAAAAUGCAGUCUUCUAUAAGGAUAAAAUAGAAAUCAUGAACUCACCUGAAGGCACAUACACCAUCACCAACGCCACACAAGAUGAUGUCGGCAACUACAGCUGCCACGCCACCUACAGGUUCAGCCACAUCAGUGCAGAAGCAGCACAGAAGGAAGGAGAUUCUGACGCUCAGGAGUUAAAAGUUAUAGGUGGGCCUCCUGCUGCAGUGAUUUCAGUGUCUACUAAGAGUCUGCAGUGUUCCUGUCCUCGCUGUCCUGCCGACUGCACGUCCUACCACUGGUAUCACACACUCUUUAAUGACCCACACUCACACAGAAGACUAUCUGAAAACCACCAGUCCAUUACCGUCGAGGAAGAAGGACUGUACAGCUGCCAGUUUGACUGCGGGAAAGGUUUCUCCCGUUUCAGCGAUAGUUACAGCUACAAAGCACAACCAGCGGAGUUUGGAGGCCUGCUGUACAUACUGCUCGGGGUGGCAGCACUGAUUAUUCUCAUGGGUGUGACUGUGUGGAUGCUGAAGCGCAGAACGCAUGGAAGAAAUAAUAUGCAAGUGACUGGACGGGGUAAAGAUAAUGACAUGCUGAUGAGUGUACGCUUUGAGCGAAGGGAGGAUUUUUAA